UCGAAUUUCACUGUUCACCCGACUUUGGUAUUGAAGACUUACUUCUGGUUCAACAAAGUGUUUGAAAAAUAAACAACCGUUAUGCAUUUCAAAAGUGCCGUUAUCCUUUGCAUGUUGUACUUUGUGACCGUAACACAGAGCGCCGGAAUCAAUGAGCGGCAAGCCAAGGAUAUUGUUUCUUUAUUUAAAGACUACGAAACAUAUAAAAACGAAAUUCCCAAGCAAAUUAUCUUGGAUCUUGGACUAAAACUUGGCAUGAAAUCCAUGUCACAUUUCACAUACAACACAGAUGUGUCGGACGCUCAUAAAGCACAAGAUCUUUUGAUACUUCUGGCCGAUAACGAUAAGAGUUCUGACUCCUGGCAGAAACAAAAUGUAUCAUCCUUCGAAGUAACAAUUAUUGUGACAGUGUUCAGAAAAUUUGACCAAAAGCGUAACAACGAUGGUCUUAUUGACUACGAAGAAUUAAAAGACCUCAUUGCUAGUUUAAGUCUAGGACAAAAGUUCAAAGAUGAUUUAGCAGGCCAAUUUAGCACAAAUGACAAAACAAUUAACGCCGUGGAGUUGGUGAAAGCCUAUUUGGAAGUAAAACCUCAAGACGGAAGUCUAGACAAGAUACACAUUGACGAACUGGCCAAAUUAAAAGAAAACAAAACAGGCAAUCAAAUUAAUCCUUUAGGAAUAACAGACUUUUUCAUAAAGUUAUCUAUAGUCGGAGAAGACCUCAAGGACCUUUUGAGCUUUACUACAACUCGUGAAGCUGCUUUGGAGUUGCAAGAACUGUUGGUUGUCAUUGCAGAAUACAGUAAAGGAGAAAAAGGUGAAGCUAUACCUGUCGAUAUAGUUAGGCAAAUUGUAAGUCAAUUCAAUCAGGUUGACAAAGACAAAGACGGUUUACUCAGUACAGAAGAACUUAAAAAAAUUAACUCCGAGAUUUUCGAGGACAAAGACCUUGAGAAAUUCAUGAAAGAUCACGACACCAAUAAAGACAGCUAUGUGGACAUAGUGGAAUUCCUCUAUGCGUUAAUAGACAUGGACAACGGCGUACCCAGCAUCAAUGAGUUUUUAAGUCAGAGCACUUUACAGAAGAAAUGA